AUUUCUGUAUUGACUGCUUGUUGCUAUUUGCUUCUUUCUUAGGGAUUUAUUUGGUAAUCGAUCCUUUAGUUAAAGAGUCUAGAUCAUUGGACUGGUUAGUCAUUUAAGCUGUUUAUAGUUUUUUAAGGAAAAAGCAGAUAUGGAUUCAAAUGGAGGUAUGAUGCUUGGCAUUCAGAGAGAAUCCUUGAAUAACAAUCCACUACUGAUAAGGUCAGAGCUGGGGAGACCGUUAAGGAGGUGCUUCACAUUGCCACCAGAAGAUUUUGUUUAUGGUAAAAGGAGUUUUGGUAAUGAAACAGGAGCAGCUGAUGCACUAUCUUCAUGGAAACCUUCGAACCAAAAAUUUCCCAACAGAAAUGCAUCAGCUCGUACAAGGGAUUUUAUCUCUUUAAAUAAAGCAGCAACACAAGCUGGUUUAGUCACUGCCCAGGAGCAUUCUCAGUACAGGGCAACACAUGAUGUGAAGAGAAAACCUUCAGCAAAGGAACAAAAUAUGAAACUGCCCAAAAGGCUACCACCAACAAUGGUCUUUGGUGUUCCAACACAGAGGACAGCAACACCUGUCUUUGAUUUACUUGAACACAGAUACCAAUCCAAGUGGUUGAAUGAAAGAAAACAAGCAGAACUUAAUAGUAGGAAAAAUAAUGAAACACAGACAAGGUCAGGAAGUGGAAAAGGAUAUUAUGAAACCAGAGCCUCUAUGAUGAGAAGACAUUCACCUCCAGUUGAUCCUCCUCCACUAUGGCAAAUGAGACGGUUCAAGAAGAUUCCUGGACAGUUAGAAACAUUUAGAUCAGACGGCGCUCGAGGCAAGGCAUUUUCGCAUCAUGCAACUGACUGUACCUCCAGAACAGGCGUAUUUGGACAUGGAAUAUAUGAAGGAGCAAAGAACUAAAAUUUUUAUUGAAUUGCUUAUUGCCCUAACUGUAUAUAAAAUUAAUGUAAUUUAAUGAUAUUUAUGUAAGAUUUUAUGACAAUUAGGUUUAAAUCGAUAACAAAGAUGAGAAAAAUGUCAGCUAGGUUCUGUCAAGAUAUUUUGUACUGAGAUUUGGAUGCUUCAUUCUUAUCAAAGUGUAUCAGAAAAAGCAAAGUCUCUUCUUGCAAACACUGUCAGAGCUCAGCGGUUUAAAGCCCACUUCAGAACUUUGAGUCAUUACUUUUCUUUCCUUUUUUAUAUCAGGGAAAGGGUGUGAAACUGGUUCUUAAUCCCGGUUUCCGAUUCCUUAACCAGUCCCUAAGUUUCCUAAGCAGAAAAUAUCAUCCUACAAUGCGAUAUCAAGCAUAUUCCAGUUUCGAUUCAAUAAAAACAAUUCAUCAAGCCAUUACCCUUCCUCCUUCCUUGAAAAAAUCAGCCUAAACUGGUCUUUGUUUUGUAUUUUUUUGUCAAAUGUUCAAUCUUUUGUGGAAUCUCUUUAAUGCCGUCUAUCGACAUUCUCCAAGGCCUUCCAUUUAAAUUUUUGCAUUUAAUAUUCCUCCCAUGAUGUUAAGGAACAGGGUUCAAUUUCUGCCUCUUUUAUGUUGCCAAAUAUAUCAGCUUCUCUUCCCCCUCAAAUGUAUCAAUUGUUGUAGCUUCCUUUAUCCAGCUAAUUUUCAAUCUUCUUGGAUAACACCAUGUUUCAAAUAUAUUAGUCCUCCGUGUUGCCCCCCCCCCCUAUUUUUCAUGUCUCACAGGCCCAUGUUGAGAAUGAAAUGAUAUAUGUUUUCAGUAACCUCUUCUAAGAUUUCAUAUUGAUAUUGCUUUUCAAGGGUUCCUUUGACUCCUGGAAUGAUUUCUUUGCUAUUCCAAAUCUCCUUUUUAUUCCCUAAAAGAGUUUAGCGUAUUCCUUAAUAAGUGUGCCAAGAUACUUAUAUAGCUUUAUUUGUUCUAAUGCUAUCUCAAUUGAUUUUAUUUCAACUUUC